AAGACUUACUAGUCAUGUUUAUACCUAAAGUAGCCAAGCGCUUAUAAUAUUGUGCCUAGCAUUAAAUUUAUUAGUUUAAACCAAAAGCUUGUAACGGCACAGACCAGCUUUGGUGUAAACAUAGCAAUUUUGUGAUAGUCAUUGAGCCGUUGAUCAAUCGAUAUAUUUUACCACAGGGCAAAGCAUUGUGGAAGACAUCAGGGAUAAUAUGGAUCAUAACAGCAUCAACGUGUUAUAACGGAUUGACUAUGGCUUAAGUCGCUUUUCAAUUGUCAUAAACUGUCUUAGCUGACGCUAAAUACUCAAAAAGAGUCGUUCUUGACACUAGGGUAGCUAACCCGCACCCCGCUAUGAUUGUGAAGUAUGAAUAAAUGUGGUUCUGAAUCAAACCUUCGCCUGAAUACGGCGCACGACGUUAGACAGCAAACUCUUAGCAAAAAGAGUGUUCCUAUUUUGAAGUCAUUAUACAUGGAAGAAACUUUCCACAGCUCGGAUAGAUUUGUUAAGCGAUACGCUUCCUGUACAGAAAUGACAGAUCAUAAUUUGUCAGACAUCUGUGAUAUCAAUACAAUGUUUAGCACAAAAGUUAAGCUGAACUCUCCACCAGGAAAGCAACAGCACAAUGCUAGUAAACAGAAUUUAGAAGAAGCAACAGAUUGUGUCCCAAUGGAAGUAGACCUCUCUGAUGAUAAACUAGCUCCUAAACUAGAGAAAAUAGAUUCUCAAGAGGCAUUUACUCCUUAUAUUGACUUAACAACAGAUACACCAACUGCUUUUGAUGGAAUGGGACCUCAGUAUCUACCAAAAGCUGCUUAUAUGUCAGACUUUGAACAGAAUACAAAACCUAUCAAAGGGAAAUUGAUAAGCUGCUCAAAAAAUGACCAAAUUAGAUCUAAACUCAUAUAUCUUGAUACUGAAAGGACCAAAUUCUCAACAUGGCCAUUUUUAUCAGUAUUGAGUAUCAUAGUUUCAAUAGCAAUUUAUUUAUGUUUUUAUAAUAUUACCCAUGUGAACAGCAAUGUACAGCUACAACACAUCAAAAGUGACUUAUUGAAUGAAGUCUAUGAACAAGAAACGGCUGUUGAAAUUAUUGUACAUACCCUAGAACACAGACAAUUUUGGAAAAGCAAAGUGAAAGUCCUAGGGUUCAUAGGUACACAAGGUGUAGGAAAAACACACAUAGCGAAUAUUUUGAAAAGACAUUUCUUGAGUCACUUAGUACAUGAGUUGUAUGGACCUCAUAUUGGCUACAAAAAUCAAAAAGACAAAAUCAUUCAAGCAAUUGAUGGCUGUUGCUUGAAUUUAGUUAUCAUAGAUGACAUGAGAAGGGAAGAUGACAUAGAGCUAUUUUCUUUUGUCCAUUCAUUGCCAAAACAUGCUUUCAUUAUUGUCAUUCCGAUUUUUAAUGUGCAGCCCUUUGUGGAUGAGACCAUUUCAGACAGACAAUCCAUUAUUCGACUACGAGACUCCUUUGAUGACUCUGGACUGUAUUAUGAAUUGAUCAAAUUUCAUGAAUUCACUGAUGCACAGGUUGAGAAGUGGUUAAGGACACAAGUACAGUCUUAUCAUAUAAACCCUGAUCAUCAAAACCUCAUUGUACAUGAAAUAUUGUUAGAUCAUAAUGCUAAGUACCAUGGACUGAAAGGGUUGGCUAAGAAACUGUUAUUAGAAGUAGAAAAAAAUAAAUAACAUUUUAUAUUCAUAUUGAAUUUUUAUUGUGACUGAGGUUUUAAUAAAAACUGUUAUCAAA